GGAGGGGAAAUCUCACUUGAGCCUGGUUGGCUCGGCUCAGUCGACUAAUUUCUCCCGGCCGGUCGCGUUGUGCUACGCGAUCGAUACGCCAACACCUCGGAAACUCUCUUUCGUGGAUUCUUUUCGAUCGAGUCGUAAAGUUUAAGUGUUUCACGCGAGUGAUUUCAGGACCAUGGCCGUUAUAGAAGUCGAGCCUUUCGUGCUGAUGGUGAGGGAGAACGAUCUGCUGUACAACAAGAAUCGGACCGACUACAAGGACCACGAGAAGAAGAUGGAGUGCUGGCAGAAUAUAGCUCGUGUCUACGGUGUGCCAGUGACUGUUGUUCUGGCUAAAUGGAAAUCACUCAGAGAAAAGUACAUAAAAGAAAGAAAACAAGUGAGACUACACGGACCAGGCGCUCUCAAAUGGGAACAUCAUAAUUUAUUCAAGUUUCUGGACCCCUACAUUUUUCCAAGAAAUCGACAAAAACGGUGUGUCCGAGCUCGACCAAUGGAAGUCUCCGUCCCGCCGUCAGCGAUCCUCGACGAUUCCUCGAGUCAAGGUCUGUACAUCGACGAGGGCGACCACGAUCCCCGGAGUGGCGAGGUCUCAGGGAACAGCUCCACGGUGGAGGACAGCGGCCUCCACUACUCCAUCUCCACCUCCAUCCAUCCCGCCUCCACCUCCGUCCUCCCCGCCUCCUCCUCUCGCAGCCUCGGGGACCACACGAACGAGCCGCGGGAAUUCGUCGCCUCCACGUCCAGAGACCCCGUGGGACAGAGGAGACAUCCGCCCUAUUCCGAGGAGGUCUACCCCAGCAACCAGGUCUCCGAUUUCGUGAGCAUGCUCCAGGCCAAAGUCGAGAGGAUCAGGAACACGUGCGAGAUGCUCAACGAGGACGAGCUCUUCAGCUGCGAGGUCAUCGAGGAGCUGAAAAGGAAGAGGAGCCAGAAAGUCAAGAGGGAGAUCAAGAUGAAGAUCCUCGGGAUAUUCAAUGAUUAUGAUGGGAUCGGAGAGGACUGAAAUCCCUCCUCCGUAGAAUCCCGUUUAAGCGAUCUCAACGACCACUCUCUACAAUGGGUCAGAAAUAGUGGUUCUUUAUUGCAAAAUGUACUCCACUUGUCAGUGGUCAAUGCCGCCGCCAUUUUUACUGUUUGUAAAUGCGUUGAAUGUUAAGAUGUUUUUGUACGAAAA